GCUCUUUUUUCUGCGCAGUUCCCUUUCUUCCUUGAGACUGAGAGAAAGAAAGUACUGAGUCUGAGCUUCCCCUUCGCCACGCUUCCUCUGUAGGCCCGCCCUCCCCUUCGGCUUAAGCCUCAUUGUCCUCCAUCUCCCGCCUUCACCGCCCGUCCGCUCUCCUACCGGCCUCUCCUCUUCCUGGUUCAGAUAUGCCGAGGGAGGAGACCUCCGGCGCCGACCCGCUGGAGCUGUUCCUGAAGAUAGGCUUGGAUGAGCGCACUGCCAAGAACACCAUCGCCAACAACAAGGUCACCGCCAACCUCACCGCCGUCAUCCACGAGGCUGCUGUUGCCGAUGGAUGCAGCAAGACCGUGGGGAAUCUCCUGUACACGGUUGCGACUAAGUUCCCUGCCAAUGCGCUGGUGCACCGUCCCACCCUGCUGCAGUACAUUGUCUCAUCGAAGAUUAAAACUCCGGCUCAGUUAGAUGCGGCAUUUGCGUUCUUUUCAAACACAGCGUCUGAGAAAUUCAAGCUGAAUGAAUUUGAAGAAGCAUGUGGUGUAGGUGUUGAAGUAUCCGUGCAAGAAAUUGAGGGAACUGUUAAUGAUAUUUUUGAAGAGAAGAAGAGUUCCAUUUUGGAACAGCGCUAUCGGACAAAUGUGGGUGAGCUGUUUGGGCAUGUCAGGAAAAAACUCCCCUGGGCUGAUCCAAAGAUUGUAAAGCAAAUUAUAGAUACAAAACUAUAUCAGUUGUUGGGUGAACGGACUGCUGCAGAUGAUGAAAAGCCUUCAAAAAAGAAGGAAAAGCCUGUUAAAGUUGUGGAUAAAAAGACUGUUGCAGAUGCUCCAGCACCACCAUCUGAAGAGGAUCUCAAUCCCUUUUUGAUCUUUCCUCAGCCAGAAGAUAAUUUCAAGGUGCACACAGAGAUAUUUUUCAGUAAUGGAUCUGUAUUGAGGUGCGGCAAUACAAAGGAAAUGCUUGAAAAACACUUGAAAUUGACGGGAGGCAAAGUUUUCACCCGAUUUCCUCCAGAACCAAAUGGAUACCUGCAUAUCGGCCAUGCUAAGGCCAUGUUUGUCAGCUUUGGGCUAGCAAAGGAGAGGGGUGGAAACUGUUAUUUGAGAUUUGAUGAUACAAAUCCUGAAGCUGAAAAGAAGGAAUACAUUGACCAUAUCAAAGAAAUAGUUGAUUGGAUGGGUUGGAAACCUUUCAAGAUCACUUAUGCCAGUGAUUACUUCCAAGAGUUGUAUGAUCUAGCGGUAGAGCUCAUACGUCGGGGUCAUGCUUAUGUUGAUCACCAGACACCUGAUGAAAUAAAGGAGUACAGAGAAAAGAAGAUGAACAGUCCUUGGAGAGACCGGCCUAUUGAAGAAUCAUUGAAACUGUUUGAUGACAUGAGAAGGGGAUUGAUUGAGGAAGGAAAAGCAACACUUAGAAUGAAGCAGGAUAUGCAGAGUGAUAAUUUUAAUAUGUAUGACCUUAUUGCAUACCGUAUUAAGUUUACACCCCAUCCUCAUGCUGGAGAUAAAUGGUGUAUCUAUCCAAGCUAUGAUUAUGCUCACUGCAUUGUUGAUUCCCUUGAGAAUAUCACGCAUUCGCUAUGCACGCUUGAAUUUGAGACCCGCCGUGCUUCCUAUUAUUGGUUAUUGCAUGCUUUGGAUCUAUAUCAGCCCUAUGUAUGGGAAUAUUCUCGACUGAAUGUCACAAAUACAGUAAUGUCAAAGCGAAAGUUAAAUCGACUUGUGACUGACAAGUGGGUUGAUGGUUGGGAUGAUCCUCGUCUUAUGACUCUUGCUGGUUUGCGGCGUCGAGGCGUGACUUCAACUUCUAUUAAUGCAUUCGUUCGAGGAAUAGGAAUCACUAGGAGUGAUAGUAGCACAAUAAGGUUGGAUCGCCUCGAAUAUCACAUACGAGAAGAACUGAACAAAACAGCCCCUCGAACAAUGGUUGUCCUUAAUCCACUUAAGGUUGUGAUAACCAAUUUAGAAGCGGGUUCCGUAUUGGACCUUGAUGCAAAGAAAUGGCCGGAUGCUCAAACAGACGAUGCUGUUUAUAAGGUUCCAUUCUCCAAUACAGUAUACAUAGAACGAUCUGAUUUCCGCUUGAAAGACUCAAAAGAUUACUAUGGCCUUGCUCCUGGGAAAUCCGUGUUACUAAGAUAUGCAUUCCCGAUAAAUUGCAUGGAUGUUAUUCUAGCUGAUGACAAGGAGACGGUCCUUGAGAUUCGGGCAGAGUAUGACCCCUCAAAGAAGACAAAACCAAAGGGGGUGCUUCACUGGGUUGCUGAACCUUCUGCUGGUGUCGAUCCACUUCAGGUGGAAGUGAGAUUGUUUGACAAGCUAUUUAAAUCCGAGACUCCUGCUGAACUGGCUGACUGGCUCGGUGAUCUGAACCCGCAGUCGAAGGUCGUCAUCCCCAGUGCCUAUGCCGUUACUUCUCUUCGAGAAGCUGCUGUCGGCGACAGUUUCCAGUUUGAAAGGCUUGGGUAUUUCAUGGUUGACAAGGACUCGACAACUGAGAAGCUUGUCUUUAACCGGACAGUGACAUUGCGGGAUAGCUAUGGCAAGGGCGGGAAAUAGAUUAUUGUGUCCAAAUGCUAUAGUCAAAAACUAUGGCCAGCAGAGAAUCUGAAUGUGUUAUUAUAAGUUUAUACGAAAUAUUCAGUCAUGACAACCACGAGCUACAUUUUUCAUUUAACCAAUGUUAAAUAUGUAGUAGCUACUGUAAUCCCGCUGUACAUCAUCAUAUAAGAUACAGUUUGCACCUUUUUCGUCACAGUUGAAGAUACUAAUGUUUAGCCUGGAACUACAUAUUCGACAUCAGUUGUUUUCUGAACA